AUGGCGGCGGAUCCCCCCGGGAAGAGCAGCGGCUGGCUGCAGGCUGAGCUGGAGUCCGGCUCCGGCCUCCUCCUCCUGGACUGUCGGCCACACGAGCGAUACCAGGCCGGCCACAUCGAGUCCGCCCUCAGCCUGUCCCUCCCCGGCCUUCUCCUCCGCCGCCUCCGGAGAGGAACCCUGUCCGCCCGCUCCGUCCUUCCCGCCCCCCGCCGCCUGGAACACCGGAACCUCCUGCUGUAUGAUGACACCACCCGCGAGGAGCCCGCCCCCUCCUCCGUCCUCGGCCUCCUAUUGGCCCGACUGCGGGAGGACGGCUGCCCCGCCUACUACCUGAGAGGGGGUUACAGCAAAUUCCAGAGGGAAUUCCCGGAUCAUUGUGAGGCCGGCCUGGACAGCCCCUCCCCCACGGAUCCCACUCCAGAAUGUGUCCUCGGACUGGGGGGCUUGAGGAUCAGUUCCGAAGGUUCGGACGGCGAGUCUGACCGGGAGCCAAUCAGCGCGACCGAAUCGGAAGGCAGCCCCACCCUCAGCAACCAAUCGACUUUCCCCGUGCAGAUCCUCCAUACUUGUACCUCGGCUGCGCCAAAGAUUCGGCCAACCUGGACAUUCUGGGGAAAUACGACAUCCAAUACAUCCUGAAUGUGACCCCCCAACCUGCCCAACACCUUCGAGCACCACGGGGGGUUCAAGUACAAGCAGAUCCCCAUCUCCGACCACUGGAGCCAGAACCUCUCGCAGUUCUUCCCCGAGGCCAUCUCCUUCAUCGAAGAAGCUCGGUCCAACAAAUGCGGCGUCCUGGUCCACUGCCUGGCCGGCAUCAGCCGCUCGGUGACGGUCACCGUGGCUUACCUCAUGCAGAAACUCAACCUGACCCUCAACGACGCCUACGACUUCGUGAAGAGGAAAAAGUCGAACAUCUCCCCCAACUUCAACUUCAUGGGGCAGCUGCUGGACUUCGAACGAACUCUGGGACUGAAAAGCCCGUGUGACAUCCACCCGCCAACCGGCAACCAGCUCUACUUCACCACGCCCACCAAUAACAACCUCUUCCAGCUCGACAGCCUGGAGAUCACAUGA